CGGAGUUUACGAGGAUAGUGCGGCACUGAAAAGUUUCUACUCCAAGAUGGAAAUCGGGAAGCAGGACCAGCCGAAAGCUGUCUACGACCAGCCGCCACCUGCUUACGACCCGCAACAAGCUUUCCACCAGCAUCCCCAGGCUGUCCGCGAGCCGCCGCCCCCUUACGAUGGACCCGGAGCUCGACCAGCUGCUGCUAAUGCGCCCUUCCCGUUUCCUCCACCUGCUACAACCACCGUUAUCCAGCAGAGUGUGGCAUUCGUGGAACCACCGCGUGUGGGGUCGGAGCCCACACUUCUUGCAUGCCCUUACUGCCAUGCAACCAUCCUCACACGAGUGGAAGUCUCGCCCAGCAGCAACACACACAUCAUGGCAAUGCUCCUGGGUUGUCUCGGAGGCAUUCUUUGCAUAUGGAUUCCCUACGUCGUCGACAGCUGCCAGAGCAAGAAGCACUUUUGUCCCAGAUGCGGUGCUUACUUAGGAACAUACAACUGAUUAAUCAAACCAAGACUUGAAACAUCCGGCAACACUAAGAUCAAAUAUAUACACACUGUGGUUCACCAAGUUUCCGAUUAUAUUUUUUGCUAAAGGACGGUUAUCAUUUAAGAUCGGAGGAUGCUAAAGCGGCUAAGGGCCUGUUUUGAACUAAUUGUGUUUUUCACUUCCUUAGGUGGUUUGUGAACAGGGCUUCUACAUGCUAAAACGGCUGUCUUCAACGAUGGCUAAUGAAGGUGCUACGAAGGGCAGUAAACGGCAUGGGAGGUAACUAGUAUGACUUGUUCGUGCUAAAUAGGGAAGGGUGGAAUGUGUUACACCAGUUGAUUAUAUUGGACAUAGAGAUUACACAAUUCCACUAGCUCCUGCCGUUUUGUAGGCUAUCUCCUGUGUUUCUUCACUGGCAGUAAAAUGGACAGUGAAGACCAUACGAGUAGUUCAGAAAAGGGAAAUGACAGAAAAUCGGUAAUUCUAAAAUAAAGUAUGAGCCUGUCUUGAGUAGGAGAGGCAAAUCAUAUGCACAUUGUGGAAAAGAAAUACCCACGAAGAUUAAAUCAAACAAUAAGGUAGGUUUUGACGAUGUCUUGUUCUGUUUUAUCGCUCUAGCCUUCUAAAAUUGUUUACAUCUCGAAACUAUCUUAGCGCAGGGUAUUGUCUUUUAAGAAUCGGUGUAACUGUCAUCUAGAUAGCACAUCAAUUUUGCCCCCAAUGAAGGAACGACUUUGUGAACAAUUCUGUGGUGAAAAUAAACAAAGACAAGGGACCUUCCUAAUGGGAUUGAUUCAUCUCAUCCCUGUGAAUCCCCGACGACAUGGAUAGAAUUCUGAAUAAUGUAUAUAAUGUUUCUAAUGGUAUGGGAAAUUACGGGAAAUCAUAAACGAGUUUGUAAACGUAAGUUCAUGUAUAUUGUUGUUAUCAGCAAGAAAAAAUUGAAAACUAGGCAAAAAAGAAGAUUGAGAUUAAAAAGACGUUUGGUGCAACGGAGGGAUGGUGAAUGAUAACAACGUUUAAGAAAGAGCAGCGAAGUAAAGAUAUCAAAACUAUCACUUCCAGUGACGUCACUAGCGCAACAGGAUUGUCUUCGAAAACAGACGUCAACAGUCUGAUGCAGUACCUAUCUGAGGUGCUCAAACAUUUUUACACAGAACUGUACCAAGACGCAAAGAACAAAUGGUUACUAGAGGUAGAAAUAAUAAAAAUAUUGUUUGGUUUACUUAGCUGGUUUAGUACUUCAGAGCUAGUUUAUUUAGAAAAGUCUGUGUUUAUUUGUUAUUUUCGUAUCAUGGCAAGUUUAACUUGUUUUCCCAAGUCAAUGACCAAGUGUUAAUGUGAAGCUAGUAU